GGCGCGUAUAAAAGCAAGGGUUAACCCAAACAGGACAGCAGUGCAGCAGUAGCAACAGCAACAGCAGCAGCUCACCUUCAAAUAUGUCCACCACUGACAUGAGCAUGGGCAAGAUCAUCUUCUACGAGGAGAGGAACUUCCAGGGCCGCUCCUAUGAGUGCAUGAGCGACUGCUCCGACAUGUCCUCCUACCUGAGCAGGUGUCACUCCUGCAGGGUGGAGAGCGGCUGCUUCAUGGUCUACGACCGGCCCAACUACAUGGGCAACCAGUUCUUCCUGAGGAGGGGCGAGUACGCCGACUACAUGAGCAUGAUGGGAUGGAGCGGUGGUAUCAGGUCCUGCAGGAUGGUCCCCAUGUACCGGGGUCAGUUCAGGAUGAGGAUCUAUGAGAGGGAGAACUUCGGAGGUCAGAUGUACGAGCUGAUGGACGACUGCGACAACAUCAUGGACCGCUACCGCAUGUCCGACUGCAUGUCCUGCCACGUGAUGGACGGACACUGGCUGAUGUACGAGCAGCCCCACUACAGAGGCAGGAUGAUGUACCUGAGGCCCGGGGAGUACAGGAGCUUCAGGGAGAUGGGCAUGAGCGGCAUGAGGUUCAUGAGCAUGAGGCGCAUCAUGGACAUGUCCAACAUGCACGGCAAGAUCAUCUUCUACGAGGACAAGAACUUCCAGGGUCGCUCCUAUGAGACCAGCAGCGACUGCGCCGACAUGUCCUCCUACCUGAGCAGGUGUCACUCCUGCAGGGUGGAGAGCGGCUGCUUCAUGGUCUACGACCGGCCCAACUUCAUGGGUCAGCAGUACUUCCUGAGGAGGGGCGAGUACUCCGACUACCAGCGCCUGAUGGGCUUCGGGGACUGCAUCAGGUCCUGCAGGAUGAUCCCCAUGCACAAGGGAUCCUACAGAAUAAGAAUCUACGAGAGGGAGAACUACGGAGGUCAGAUGAACGAGCUGAUGGACGACUGCGACAACAUCAUGGACCGCUACCGCAUGUCUGACUGCAUGUCCUGCCACGUGAUGGACGGACACUGGCUGAUGUACGAGCAGCCCCACUACAGAGGCAGGAUGAUGUACCUGAGGCCCGGGGAGUACAGGAGCUUCAGGGAGAUGGGAUACGAUGGAACCACCUUCAGCUCCAUCCGACGCAUCACAGACUCCUGUUAACUUCACAAGCAUCUGUUCUUAAACAUAUCAGAAAUAAAACCUCAUAUUCAACGUA